CGCCCGCCUCGCAGGUGCAGCUCAUUAAAAAGCUGUGAAAGCGGAACAAUGGCGUCUGUCCGUCUGAAGCGAAGGCGCCAAACUUAAACUGCAAAAAUGUCAACGAGUGGAGAAACGGCCGCUCAGAGCCCGCUGCUCUCCUCCAGCUUCUGUUUCAGUCCGUGGUCGUGUGUUUGCCUGAAAGGCUGGUCAGCCGCCGUGUGGAACGGCCUCCCCGACCCGCUGCUGACCACCAACUCCUCCGGAUGCUCCGCCCCUGAGCCGUGGCUCCUCCCCGGCUGCAGCUCUGUCUACGACAGCCUGGUCAGUAACGUCUCUCCGAUCCCGUCUCCUCCUCCGGCGAGCGGCCUGCGAGGACGAGAAAGAUCUGCCGGCAACAAACUUCGCAGGCCGUCCAUCUUGGAGCGCUGCAUCCUCAAAGUGUCCACCAGCAGCGUGGCUGUGGGGACGGACGAUUUGGACAACAAGAGGUCCCCCCUCAGUCGCUGCUACCCCCGCCUCCCAGAUCCGGCCAACACAGAGACCAACGCUGCCGUUCUGAAGCGACGGCAGAAACAGAUCCAGUAUGGCAAAAACACCAGCGGCUACCAGAACUACCUGCAACAGGUCCCCAAACAUCUGAGGGACCCUAAGCUCCACCCGUCCACUCCCAACAAGUACAGGAAGUACAGCCGGCGCUCCUGGGACAUGCAGGUGCGUCUGUGGAGGCGAGCGCUACACCUGUGGGACCCUCCAACCGACAACCAGCCGGACGCCGCUGACACACAGGACCCAGUGGAACAACUGCAGAGCCAGCUGGCGAAGAUGACCUCUGACCUGUGUGAGGACAGAGGAGAGAAGCAGAGAGAGAAGGAGACUCCAGCAGCCUCUAAAGCCUCCUCUGUGUCUCCUCUGUCGGCCGGAACGUCGCUGGACCUGCCUGGACCCUGGACCGUCCCCUUCUCACCAGAGGCUGAGACGAGCCAUCGGCCUCUUCGCACUCCUCCCGGCCUCAGCUACUCCCUCAGGAAUCAGAACACCAAUGACAACAUGACCGACUGGCUCCGCCUCCUGCUGGAGACCGACCACGCCCAAGAUUUGGGCUCUGAUGACCAGCAGGUUCCUGUGUUUUCUGACCAGCUGUUGUGGAAUCCAUACUGAUCUCCGCCUGGUCUGAACCCAGCACGACCCAGUCCAGCAGUCCACGUCUUCACUCCUUGGUCAUCAUCCUGGAGACUUGACGUCUGGACCUGUCGAUCCUGAAUGUGUCGUUUGUGUGUCUGUGUGUGUGUGAUUUCCAGUGCGUUCGUCUUUUUAAGAUCACUGAAGAUUUACUGUAACGACAGCGGGGAUGUGACCGGUCCUCGAUCUGAGUUACAUCCGUCCCCUCCGUGAUCUCUCGUGGGACGGGGGGGGGGGCGGGGUUACGACCUGGAGAGAACUGAGAGGAACCACCCUCCUCGCCUCCAGCCCCUGGAAGUGUUGAGAUUUCCCGGCUGCUCUUGAACACCUCAUCGGGAUGAACACUUCUACCUGAGCAUGGUACUUUUGCACUUUCUAGAUUUAUGUUGAACUGUGUCAGAUGGAGCACCUGUCACCUGCAUCAUGUUUUAGUUUUACCUGCACCGAUGGAAACGCUGCUCAUUAUUUUCUACUUGAAGUCACUUAUUUUGUGUAUGAAUCCCGUUCAGUGUCACGUUGUCGUCUUUGGUCCACCCUCACCUUCAUGCUCUGCUGUCAGACUCCUCCUCCUCUCUGUGCCGCCAUGUUUUUUCUAAAAAACAAAAACCUCAAUUAUCGGAGGGGACAAAGCUGUCACUUUGUGUUGUUGUGAGAUUUCUUUCUUUUACUUUUUUGUGUUUCUCAAGUUGUCAUUUUGUGCUGCUUGAAUAUCAAGAGCAAAGCUGAAAGAUGUGAUUAAUAAAGAUGUAAAUAAAGUGUUAUAAAUU